UUUGUUUGAGCUGUUGGGGGAAGAUUGAUUCCAUGUAAAUGCAAUAGUAUCGACCACAUGGUUCAGUUACUAAAAUAAGUCCUCAAAUCCUUCUGGGAGCCUGAGACAAAGUACGGGCUCCAGGGCAGCCCAGCAGCGGAGCACUGCAGGGAGGGGGGCAGGGCUGGCCUGGCACACUCCUCACCUGGCCCUUCUGCCCUGUGUGUUCUCUUUCCAGGCUGCUGCCCUGUUGGCAGGGUGAGCGGAUUGGGAUGGUACCCUGCGAAGCCACUGGGUCCGCCCAGUGCCUCAGCCCUUCCCUGGCCAACCCGAAUGCCAAGGAUGUGCUUCGGAGGAAGCACAAGAGGAAGAGCCGGCAGCACCAGCGCUUCAUGGCCCGGAAGGCGUUGCUGCAGGAGCAGGGACUGCUGGGCAUACCCCCAGAGCCAGGAGCUUCCCCGCUGCCCAUGCUGUCGGAGGCACUGCUGGGCACUGACGCUGCCCGCAGUGGGAGGCAGCGCCCAGGGGCUCAGACUGGAGAUGCCCCAUGUAGCAGAAAGACCACCCACAGGGAAUCCGGAGGGCCCUUGCCCAGCAAGUGUGUGGCUAUCGACUGUGAGAUGGUGGGCACGGGUCCCCGAGGGCGGGUGAGCGAGCUGGCCCGCUGCUCAGUGGUGAGUUAUCACGGCGAUGUUCUCUACGACAAGUACGUCCGCCCUGAGAUGCCCAUCGUGGACUUCCGCACCCGCUGGAGCGGCAUCACCCGGAAGCACAUGUGCAAGGCUAUCCCCUUCCAGGUGGCCCAGAAGGAGAUCCUCAAGCUCCUGAAGGGCAAGGUGGUCGUGGGGCACGCGCUGCAUAAUGACUUCCAGGCCCUCAAGUACUUCCACCCUCGGAGCCAGACUCGCGACACCACAUACGUCCCAAACUUCCUCAGCCAGCCUGGCCUCCACACCCGGACCCGGGUCUCUCUGAAGGACCUGGCCCUGCAGCUGCUGCACAAGAAGAUCCAGGUGGGCCACCACGGGCACUCGUCAGUGGAGGACGCUAUGACAGCCAUGGAGCUCUACCGGCUGGUGGAGGUGCAGUGGGAACAGCAGGCCAGCAGCCUGCAGACCCACCCUGAGGACAGAGAGCCAGACAGCAGCACGGACAUGGACCAGUAUAUGGAGGACCAGUACUGGCCUGAGGACCUGGCCCCGAGCACAAGUGGGGGAACAGCGGGGGAGGUACAGGGCAGGAAGGAGUGAGGGGAGAGAGGCCUUAGGCGUGGGGGGUCAGGCUUGGAGAGCCUGGGCACUUCAUCCUGGGCAGGCCGGGUGUGGCCAGAGUGUCCCCAGGUCCUCUGUCCUGACUCCCUGCUC